AUGUUGGAAAAAAAAGAUAUCGCAUUUACUGAGGCUCGAAAAAUCUGUGGGCAAAGUGAUGAUUUGUGUGCUGCCACAAAUGCGGAUACUCCUGUGUUAUUCCAUCGGCGAUCGACGAAACCAUUACGUGGGGCACCCAAUAUUCAUAAUUCACCCCAGGUUUCUCAAGUACCCAAUCAAGCCGUACACAACCGAAGGCUGCGAGCAACCGCUGCUUUUCAUGUGGUGAAUACCAUUUUCGUUCGACUUGUCGAUUCCGCAAUGUCACUUGCCAUGCAUGCGUACUAUUCCGAUUAUCACAUCGCCACAACUUCGUGGUGUCUUUACGUCACUUUUGAUCGCGAUCACGAUUGCCGUUGCCCGCGCACUGGAUAUGACUCGGGUGAGUAUGUCGUUGCCGCCUAUUUUCUCAAGGGCCUUCACCACGCGUUCACUUUGGCCACAGUAGAUUACGCGUCGUUCCAGAAAAACGGGUCCACCGUCAACUUCCAAUUUGGCCGACUGCACGUUCAUGCCUCCUGUAUUGCUGGAACAUUUCACGAUUAG